AUGACAACUUAUACUUUAGACUUUCAAUUCUCACAAGCUGGUUUGGCAGCAUUAGCAAAUGCUCAAGAAAAAGUUUGUAUAGUUAAAUCUGUUUCUGGUACUGUUGGAAAUGUUCUUUGGGUUACCUUUAAACCAUUUGAAACCAACGAAGUUCAAUGGCAAGAAAAUUAUGGAAUUUAUGCUAGUAGUACCAAUAUCCAGAACGGUGCCAAAAUAUCUAGAUUAAGUUCAGUCAAGUAUGCCAGUAAAGGUCAUCAAUACCCAUUCAAUGCAGCUGGUUAUUUCGAUACUCCCAACGGUGUCUCUAUCACAGACUAUGGAACUGUCAACAAUUAUGGUGAUCCCUUAACUUUUGGUCUCACCCAACUUGCCACUGUCAACGGAGCCGUAGUAGAAGGUGAAAUCAACGCCGCCACCGUAUUGACCAACCAAACCGCUGAAUUCACUCCAUUGGUCACCUUGUCCGUCUUUACCUUUGCCGAGUUUGACAAUGGUUCUGUCAUCUCUGAUAUCUCUAGCCAAGCUCUCACCCUUACCUAUACAUCUGAUACCUCGAAAACUGUCUUUUACGAUGACAACAGCAAUAUUUCUUGGUUUCACGCUCAGUUACUGUUUAUUGCCAAACUUGAAAGAUCUUUCAUCAUCGACCGUCGAAAAUUUGUAAGAAUAUCUUAUUUGUCCAACGACUCUGUUUUCACGGGCAUGACACCAUAG